AUGGUCGACUCCGUCGCAGGAAGCUACACCAACGCCUUUGCUGAGGUGGCGAAUUCCAAUGGAACCCUAGAAGCCACCUCGGCCGACAUCGAAAAGGUGGAGAAAUUCUUCUCUGACCCUGAAGUCUUCUACUUCUUUUCAAAUCCCACUAUCAACAUGGCCAAAAACGUGAG